AUGGCGGCGCAAAUGGCGGCGCAACUAGCGGCGGCUCGGGGAGCGCGGGGAGCACGGGGGGAAACGGCUCCCCCGCCUGAUCCACCAUUGCACGACUACAAGGCGGCUUUGAGCCUGUGCCUCGAUUUCCUCGACGCACAGAAGAGCGGCGACCUGGGGCUGUUUUUGAGUCGACUCAAAAGCGACCUGACACUCUCGCAUGUGCAGGAUGGGAGCGCAGUGGGGCGAGACCUGGCAGGGGGCUGCUAUGGGGAUAGUAAAGCAGAUGGACACCCCCCACCCCCCCUGGCGCAACAGCUCUCACAUGCAAGACGGAAGCGCCGUGGGGCGAGAUCUGGCAGGGGGGUACUAUGUGGAUGGGGGGGGGGUGAAGCAGACGGGGGUGACUGCAUUCGCUAUGAGCAUGCUGGCUUGGAGCAUAGUGGAGUUCGAUGCCCAACCAUCCCCCACUCCCCCUCUCCCUCUCCUAGUCCUGAGCUCGAGACCACAGGCUUGAAGCAGCGGGCAGUGGACCUGCUCAAAUGGGGAGUGGACUGGCUGCUCAUGGCGGAAAUGGGCCGGGGCGGUGUCACCUGCUCAAAUGGGGAGUGGACUGGCUGCUCAUGGUGGACCUGGGCCGGGGCUGUGCCGGGCCUCACUUCACCCUCUCUGUAUUCCCCCCUUUCCCUCCGGUCUAGUCCUGAGCUUGAAACCACAGGGUUGAAGCAGCGAGCAGUGGACCUACUCAAAUGGGGAGUGGACUGGCUGCUCAUGGCGGAUCUGGGCCGGGGCUGUGUUGUGGCGCAAGUGGGUGACUCUGCCGCCCAGAAUUCGUGCUGGCAGCGGCCAGAGGACGACUCCACCGCCCGGCCCGUGUACACUGUGGUGGGCGCGAACGGGCCGGGGGCGGCGGUGCUGGCUGACAUGUCAGCUGCCUUUGCUGCUGGUGAGAUGCCUUUGCUGCUGGUGAGGAUGAGUCUAUCCUUGAGUGUGGGCUUGAGGUAUGCAGUAUGCCUGAUUUGGGGGGAGGAGGGGCUGCGAGCAGCAGUUCUGACUGACAUGUCGGCCGCCUUUGCUGCUGGUGAGGUGCCUUGGCUGCUGCCGCCUCGCAUGUACUCGACGAGUUUAACCCCGGAUAUGCCGCCUUGCUGCGGGGCAACGCCGCCAUUCCCAACACCCGCUUCUUUCCCCCUCUGUGACCCCACCACUUUCGCCCCUCGCCCCCUUCUCCCCACCAACACCCCAGCCGCACAUGUGUUUGGCGAGUUUAGCCCCGGAUACGCCGCCUUGCUGCGGGACCACACCACCAUUCCCAACUCCUGCUACUUCCCCCUCUGUGCCCCCACUUCCAUUCCAUCCCUCGCCCUCCCCUCCUUCCAAACCAGCCUCACAUCCUCGCAUGUGUUUGGCGAGUUUGACCCCGGAUACGCCGCCUCACUGAGAGACCAUGCCACCAUGCUCUUUGAGCUCGCCACCACCGCCACCUCCACUGAUGACACGGCUCUUCCAGGGACUCUCCCGUACCAGCCUCCCCCAUCCUCCUUGCCUGAAUUUCACGAUGAGCUGCUCUGGGCGGCGGCUUGGCUGUGGCGCACCACCAUGUCUGACCCCCUGCACCAAUUCCUGCUCAAGCCCCAGCAUGCAUCAUUGUCCUACACACUCGCCUUCACUCACGCCAACAAGGCAGCGGGAGCAGCAGUGCUGCUGGCGACGUUCGUGUUGGGGCCAAUGGAGGAGGAGGACGAGGCCACUACAGAGGCAUCUGGCGCUGACGUCAUCUUCAGAUUCCAGAAGCUCGUGGAAGCUUCCAUCUGUGCUUCCACUGCUGACGUGCCUUCCAGGACCAGUGCUGAUACUCUAGCCCAGAACAUGCCAAAAACACAAG